GCAUGUUGGGAUUCCAUUGAUGAAGUAGAGGAGUCCCCAAACACCCUUGUCUACUGUUCUCAUCAAUUCUCUGUCAACACUGUUUGUUGCCUAGAUUAUAUAUCAGAGACAAUACCAACAUUGAGAAACUGUGCAGCAGGUUAAAAAAAAUGGCUGACAUUUGGCAAGUCAUUGGUGUUCUAUCUACUGUGGUUGCUAUCACAGUUAUUUCAUUCCUAUUGUCCAUAUGGAAACCUUCCACUCAUGUUCAAAGUCUGCAAAACAAGCAUGUACUUAUAACCGGUGGGUCAAGUGGCAUUGGCCUUGAGAUUGCCAAAGAAGCUAUUGCCCAAGGAUCUUACGUAACACUCAUAGCAAGAAAUAUUUCCAAACUCAAGGAAGCUGCCCAUCAAAUCCUUCAAGAACUUCAAUGUGACAAGAAUAGGAUCAACAUCAAGGUUGCAGACGUAACAGACUAUGAAGCCAUAUCUGCAGCUAUCAAGGAAUCCUUUCAAUGGAUGCCAGUUGAUGUGCUUAUUUGCAAUGCUGGGGUUGGUAGUGCUGGGUAUCUGGAGAACAUGUCAGUUGAGUGGAUUGAUUCUAUAGUGGGUACCAACAUUAGAGGGACACUCUACACUUUGAAGGUGGCUCUUCCAAUAAUGAAGGAGAGGAGCUUCAAGCAUCCCUCGGCUCUUCUGCUAGUUGGCUCUAUUGCUUCUAUGUAUCCUUUGUAUGGUGGUGGGGUUUACACUGCUACCAAGUAUGCAAUAAAAGGGAUUGCAGAGAACCUCAGGCUCGAGCUGUUUCCUUAUAAUAUUGGAGUUAGUUUUGCAUGUCCAGGAUUUGUAGAAACUCCCCUACUAAGCGAAAUGGAAGAUAGUGUAACCGACCCAGGGCUGGCAGAGGUAGCUCAAAGAGUGACCUUUUAUGACAGAAGUAAAGCAGAGAAUCCUAGGGAUGUGGCAAGGGUUAUUCUGGGUGCUGUUACACGAGGGAAAUCUUGUGUAGCAACUAGUGGGCAGGGUGGUAAAAUGUUGUCAUUGUUAACUGCCGGGAUUUUGCCUGCUGACUCUUUUGCAGAUGCUGUGAUCGACAUUAUUGCACUGGUACCCUUGAGGAUAUUGGGAUAUAUCAUGAUUGGAUAUGUUUAUGCAGUCAUAUGGAUCAACCAUAGGACCAGGACCAUCCCUGUUAAACCUGCUGUAGAGACCAUCCCUGUUAAACCUGCUGCAGAGACCUUUCUUUUUAAGCCUGCUGCAGAUAAAUUAUAGAUCGUUAUGUAAAUGAAUAGUACUAUGGGAUUGAGUUCAUCUUCCCAGAUCCUGCAGGGUUUAUGUUGGAGUUCAAUAAUUCAUAUAUUUUGUAUUUGGGUUUAUGCCGAGUCUUUAAAUAAAUGAAGGAGAAUGGGUAGUUGUCUA